AUGCACUUUCCAGUCCCAGAUCCUAAGCGUAAACGCAUCGCGCAAGCGUGCUCCGGAUCUGUGGCACCUGAUGUACCCUCACUACUCACUAUCGCGCCUGAGCUACGCAAUCAGAUCUACGAGUAUCUUCUCGUGGAACCCUGCCCUAUAACGUUCGAGAUUGCCAAGGUUGAUGUUAGAAAGACCAAGGUGACCAAAGGGACUUCUACCUCCAUAGGAAGCCCUGCUAUCCUUCAUACUUGCCGUCAGAUCUAUCAUGAGGCAGUCGGUCUCCUUUACAGCCGGAAUGCCUUCCGCUUCCAACACAGCAUACACGACGACUUUUUCGACGUUGAGAUCAUUAGCCCCAUGGAAGUAUGCAAAAGAUGGAUAGACGACAUUGGCUCCUGUCUUCCGAGACUGCGCACUGUCAACAUCAACCUGGACGUGCCAGAGAUACCGGAGAGGUAUGAGGAUUGGAUUUCCGAAAGGAAUGUGCGCAAGAACUCCCGUCGGCCGAUAGACGUCUUACCGUUACUGGACGUCUUCUGGAACAGCGACACCCGCAAUACGUCAGUCAUGUUUGAGAUAGCUGAGGACGAUGAAUCAGAUGACUACGAAUCCGACUUCGAAGAGCAACAACACGACACAACAUCCAUCGCCAACGUCCUUAUUGAGCUAGGAAAGAAUGAUGCACUCGAUUUGCAGAAAACGCGUCGCUUGCUCGAAUCUGUCGACCUGUAUACGGCCGGUACCGGAGGCAUCGUUACGUAUCGAUCGACUGACUACAGAGGCUCUAUGUGGCGUGCGUUUGAGAUGUCAACGGUGACUCAGCGAUACGAAAUCGUUCCUCGGAGAAACUCAUUGACCAUGUUCGAUCUAUCUUACGGGGUCCAAGGUACCAUCAUUUGCCUUGCACUUGGUGAUCACGAAUUCACGUACAACUUCCACAACGGUGUCAUCGUUGGGCACCAACCCGGCAUGCUCAACGUCAACACCAGGUUUCGCGAGCUUGUUACACCGCAAUUUCUACGCAAAAGCCGCUUUACCCUAAUUUUAGAUACUAAUUCCCUUCAAACCUCCAAGGCAAUGUUCAAGAAGCUUGAUUGUCGCAUUGCAGAGACUUAUGGGCAGGAAAGAUUUCGGAACUGGGAUUCACCGAGACGCUGUGAUCCGGUUUCAGCAAGCAAGAUGUUCCAAAACGUACCCACUAUCAUCUUGCAGUUCCACACAGAUGAGUCGCCGCACCUAGCUGCCGUUCAGAUCGAUGCAUGGGAUCUUCUACGUGUCACUUCAGUCUUCAUGGGGACCACUACGAUCAUCGUUCGUGUAUGUGGUAGCCAUAACGAAACUCGAGACUACACUGCAAAACUGGGCGAUAUCCGAAAGAACGCCUACCUGCUUUUGAAGCAUUUGGAGCCCGAAACGGCCGCAGACACCCGCAAGUUACGCGUUCAGGUUGAGUUGAACAGCCAGUGUGUCCCUAUGCGAGCUGUCAUCCUGAAGGUUGACGAUGAUACGCAGUCUUCCGUAGCGGUCACUGUGAAGAGUUUGGACACGGGUGACUUCACGUCGUUGUUUGAUAAGCGUAAUCCUGGGUGGUGGAAGCAAUUGGAUUGUCCAAAGCACGAGCAAUCGUUCAUGAGGAUUCUAGACUGGCCUGAAGAGGACUACGGUGAGGAGGAGUGGAAGGACCAGACGAUGUAUGCCAUUCUUUGGCGUCUUUAUCGGCUCCGUCACUGA